AUGUGCCCCCGUAAACUCCAGCUCCAGCACGAUUUGAAGUUUGAUCGCCAUUUGCUAUCAUGCAUGCCUGUGCCGAGAAACCGUUUUCGGCGGAUUUUACAACAGAUGCAUGUACCUGGUAUAUUUCUAGAUACCAUCAAUCGGCCACGGACGAGUUUCAAGAUGUUGCAUAGCUCCAUCCAAGGCCAGAAGUGCGAAGUAUACAUACUGUGCAUCGACUCCAUCCUGAGAAACUACACAGCGAUGAGUAUCACAUAUUUUCCCGAAAGCCGGCAAGUCUUUGGCCUGUUCUUGGGGUUCGACUCUCAAAGAGAUGUCGAGGAAAUGACACUCAGACUCCGUAAGAACAGAGGGUAUAUUGACAAUCCAUUUGUGCUCAUUUUUGCAUUUCUGGAACUCGAAAAAACCCAGCGGUUCCUCCAAGUUGACUACAUGAUCGAUGAGUUGAUAAACAUUAGAGGGAGCCAGGAACCAAAUCGCGAAAACCAUCAAGCUGAUGGCCACCAGGACAAAUUUUGCACGCUGUUUACCAAAGUAGGAGCUCUCAAAACACAACUUAAAAUCUGGACCUUCCAAUUCGACAAGAUACUUCAGAUUUGCCCCCAAUUGCCUGUGUUCAAGCCGGUAGGGGAGGAGGGAUUCUUGCUAAGUCCCGACGCGUGCAUUCGGGGUUUAAAAGAGGCUUUCGAGGAAAGGAUCAUGCGGUGUGAGGGGAUUCAGGGGAAUAUAUCACUCGCAUUUCAGAAGGUUUGA